GUUAUGCAUCAUACUCAUAACCACAACCAACAUGGCGCGCGCAGGACCAAGCAGAACACAGAGGUCACAAAAGGCCCCACAGCCCUCACAGUCCCAGUCGCAAAGACCUGUUCGAGGUAGCAGAAGAGCACCCGUUGAAGAGGAGGAGGAAGAAGAAAAUUCAGGAGACGAUGAUGACCAAGGCAUGGACAUCAACGGAAGUCAAGCAAGGCUCGCUGAAUCUGAUGCAGACGUAGAACUUGACAGGAAAGCGAGUGAUCUCGUAAGAUUUGCUCUUUUUAUGGAGCAGAGGCGGACUCUUAUACGCCGAGAGGAUAUCAACAAGAAGGUCCUGGGCUCUAACUCGCGCUUGUUCAAUUCUGUGCUUGAAAGAGCGCAAAAGCUCCUAAGGAAAACGUUUGCGAUGGAACUUGUAGAACUUCAGUCGCGAAACUAUCGCGAGCAAGAUAAUGUCGUAGCUGGUGACGACCUUCAAGAGGCACGAAACGCUACCGGAGUAAAGAAGAAAACUGCGGCAGCAGGAUCAAAGACAUAUAUUCUUCGUUCUGUUCUUGAUCCCAUCAUUAUUGAAGAGGCAGCACGAACGGACGAACGGCUGUAUGAAGAACAGAUUGCUGACUGCCAAGAAGACGGCGAUGACGACGACGACAUGCCGAGAAGCUACGGAUGCAUCAUAUCUUGGAGCACCGCAGAUCAGGUCGGAGCUUUGGGUGUCUUGCAUGUCAUUCUAGCAAUCAUUCUCGCCAGCGGACGAUCCAUGACCGACUUGGAAUUACGUGCCCACUUGAAACGCCUCGGCCUCUCAUCGAAUGAGUCCAUAUCCAUGAACACCCAGUCCACGCACAAGUCCCUUCCUAUAGACACAUAUCUUGGCCAGCUGAUGAAGCAAGGAUACAUAGACCGUAUCAAGCUGGGCGACACGAAGGCGGCUGGCGGAAAACGGGGUCGCGCUCCUGCAGCGACUCAAGCGAAUCAAGAUGAAAACCAAGCAUUUGAAUGGCAUUGGGGCCAUCGUUCAUACAGCGAAAUUGGAGAACAGGCUAUUGCUACAUUCGUCGCUGAAUUCAUGGUGGAACGCAACCGUGAUAACGAUGGGGAGGACGAUGAUGAAGAUGGCAAAGCUGCGCGAGACAGGGGAAAGGGAAGAGCCAGGGCUGGGGAUGGCGGCGGAGACAAGAAAGUGAAGAACGUGUACGGAGCAAUCGAAAGGGCAGCCGGGGGUAACCUGUCAGAUGUUAAAUGAGACAUUCUCGAUAUAUUCAUUCUGUUUUUUGAUGCUGCCCCCGCCCUACUAAAUAUUCUACUCUAUGCCUUACUAUGCUUACUA